UAAUAGUAAACAGUUAAUUAAUAAAUAAAUUGGUUAAAGGAUAUUAUCACCAAAUCAGUCAGUAUCAUAUCUGGCCUAUCCUGAAAAUUUCAUCAAAAUUAGUGGCAUAUGCUGAUGACAAGUAUAAGAGAGAACAGCGAGCAGUCAUGUCACAAAUAUUUGAAGAAAAUGGAGUAAAAAUUGCUGUGAAUAAAAAUCACGCCACUCCAGAGAAGACUGACACUUUCUACAACCCACGCAUGACCAUAUGCAGGGAAAUUUCUUUGUCUGUUUUGAGUGCCUUCUGCUCAGAGUUAGAAGAUAAGACACCAGAGUGCCUAGACGCAUUUUCAGCUACUGGCAUAUCUGGACUACAGUGGAAGAAACACCUCGGACACAAGGUCAAGGUCACAAUGAAUGACGCCAAUGCUGACGCAGUACAGAAUAUCAAAGACAAUUGUGCCUUGAAUGGAGUUGAAUUUCACCAGAAUUUAGAAAUCAAACCAGGGAAUGACCAGAAUGGAGGACCAGAUGUUAAUGAUAGUGGGGAAAAGCAAGAAGACCUUAGUAAAGUGGAGGUUUUUCAAGCAGAUGCCAAUGUUUUGUUAUACCUAAGGAGUUUUGAUUUUGUAAAUCUGGAUCCAUAUGGCUGUGCAGUGCAUUUUCUAGAGUCGGCUUUUCGCAACACUCGGAAUGGAGGGAUCAUCGUCAUAACCUCUACCGAUGUGGCGUCACUGUAUGGGAAGUGCAGCCAUGUUGGACUGAGGAAUUAUGGGGCAUAUGUUGUGAAGACAGACUACAUGAAGGAAAUGGCUGCAAGGAUGGUGUUGGGGGCUUCUGCAAGUGUACUAGUCGAGGCCCCAUACACCCUGCUUCCAUGUGACUGUACAAAGAAGUUUCCUGGGAAGACAGCAUUGGACCUAGGUCCCGUGUGGAAUGGUAAGAUCUUUUCCUGCACGUUCAUCAGUAAAAUGCUCAAGUCUGCGAGGAAUCUGAAGCUGAGUUCUAGACUGUGUUCUUUGUUAGAGACAGUGCAUUGCGAGGCUUCGUGUCCAGAGCAAGUGACACCAAGAACGUUAACUAACCACUCACAUCUGGGGAUUACAGAUGAAAUGAGAGGAAAAGAAAGUGGCCUCAAUGAAGGUGGACAAAAUGAUAGAGAAAAAACUUUACAUAAGCAGACCCAGGGAUGUGUUAAUAUAAGUGAACUAGAGGAUGCUCCAAUUACCAGUAAUUUAAAAAAUCUGGAAACAACAGAGGCUGUAGCUAAUGAGAGUCGGGGAGAAACACCUUCAUCCCUGAAGAGAAAAUCUGAGGCUUUAGAGUCACCAGAGGGAGGCACGGUGGCCAAGAAGAGAAAACCUGAAACCUUGAGUGUUGAGGACCCAGUCCCUUUCUAUUACAGUGUUCACAGACACAGGAUCAAAGGGGUGGAUUUGCCAAAAGCCCCCAAACUAGUCCAAUUCCUCCAGUCAGAGGGAUAUUGUGCCAGUCGAACCCAUUUCGAUCCAACUGCAGUGAAAACUUCUGCCAAUCUUGCACAGUUGAAGGCAGUGUUAUUAAAACAUUGCAAGACUGUUGAUGCUACCUGACCAAAUUUUGUUUGAUGUCAACUACACUGUAUUAGCCAGUAGACAGAUGCCUCAAAAUCACAAAUUAUCAAUUUCAAUAUCAGUUACAGACACUGGAUAUUAGGAAGUGACUUAAUGAAACGAGGGUUUUACUCAUGUUAUUGGCACGGUUAACAUGUGGACUUUGACUGAAUGCCCAGACUGUGUUUUUCUUUCAAUUUUAAUUACAGUAGGAAACUGAGCCAAUUUCAUAU